AGAUCGUGUGUGGGGCCCGGACUCGGAUCCUAGAGACCCGGUUAGGGUAGCGGCUUGCGGGGACGGGCGCAGCAUCUUCAUUCCCGGGACGCGCAGACCGAGAGGCGGCGAACCGGUGUCGAGUCUUGGUCGCUGCUGGAGCUCCAAGGUGACCAAGGAUGGCAGAGAGGAUGUGACCGUCAUCUGCCUUUGUGUGCCCUCCUAGUGGCGCCACCAUGCAGAAGCCCAGUGGCCUGAAGCCCCCUGGCCGAGGGGGGAAGCACUCCAGUCCCGUGGGCAGGCCGUCCAUCGGGUCCGCUUCAUCCUCGGUGGUGGCAUCGGCCAGUGGCUCCAAGGAAGGGUCUCCCCUGCACAAGCAGGCAUCGGGCCCCUCCUCGGCCGGAGCCGCCACCGCCGUCUCUGAGAAGCCAGGUUCAAAGGCGGCUGAAGUGGGUGACGACUUCCUGGGAGACUUUGUGGUGGGCGAGAGGGUGUGGGUGAACGGCGUGAAGCCAGGUGUGGUGCAGUACCUGGGUGAGACACAGUUUGCACCUGGCCAGUGGGCCGGCGUGGUGUUGGAUGACCCAGUGGGCAAAAACGAUGGAGCUGUGGGUGGCGUGCGCUACUUUGAGUGCCCGGCUCUGCAGGGCAUCUUCACACGGCCCUCCAAACUGACUCGCCAGCCCACGGCUGAGGGCUCAGGCAGUGACGCCCACUCAGUGGAGUCCCUCACUGCCCAGAACCUGUCCUUGCAUUCCGGCACUGCCACGCCCCCACUCACCAGCCGAGUCAUCCCCCUGCGGGAGAGCGUUCUUAACAGCUCCGUGAAGACAGGCAAUGAGUCUGGCUCCAACCUCUCCGACAGUGGUUCUGUAAAGCGCGGUGACAAGGACCUCCACCUAGGCGACCGGGUGCUGGUUGGUGGGACGAAGACCGGUGUGGUACGAUACGUAGGGGAGACGGACUUUGCCAAAGGCGAGUGGUGUGGUGUGGAGCUGGACGAGCCCCUCGGGAAAAACGAUGGCGCUGUGGCAGGCACCAGGUACUUCCAGUGCCCACCCAAGUUUGGUCUCUUUGCACCCAUCCACAAGGUCAUCCGCAUCGGCUUCCCAUCUACCAGUCCAGCCAAGGCCAAGAAGACCAAGCGUAUGGCUAUGGGUGUCUCUGCCUUGACUCACAGUCCCAGCAGUUCUUCCAUCAGCUCUGUCAGCUCUGUGGCUUCCUCUGUUGGUGGCCGGCCCAGCCGUAGUGGCCUGCUCACUGAGACCUCUUCACGCUAUGCCCGGAAGAUCUCAGGCACAACAGCUCUGCAGGAGGCCCUGAAGGAGAAACAGCAGCACAUCGAACAGCUGCUGGCCGAGCGUGACCUGGAGAGGGCUGAAGUAGCCAAGGCCACCAGCCAUAUCUGUGAAGUGGAGAAGGAAAUCGCCCUGCUGAAGGCACAGCAUGAGCAGUAUGUUGCAGAAGCCGAGGAGAAGCUGCAGCGGGCGCGGUUGCUUGUAGACAACGUGAGAAAGGAGAAGGUGGAUCUGUCCAAUCAGCUGGAGGAGGAGAGGAGGAAGGUGGAGGACCUGCAGUUCCGGGUGGAAGAAGAGUCCAUCACCAAAGGAGACUUGGAGACCCAGACCCAGCUGGAGCACGCGCGCAUUGGGGAGCUGGAGCAGAGCCUGCUACUGGAGAAGGCGCAGGCUGAGCGGCUGCUCAAAGAAUUAGCGGAUAACAGGCUAACCACAGUGGCUGAGAAGUCUCGGGUACUGCAGCUAGAAGAAGAGCUGAGCCUGCGACGAGGCGAGAUCGAAGAGCUGCAACAGUGUCUCCUCCAGUCAGGCCCGCCACCGCCAGACCACCCAGAGGCCGCUGAGACCGUGAGGCUGCGGGAGAGGCUGCUGUCGGCCAGCAAGGAGCCCCAGCGAGACAGCACGCUGCUCCAGGACAAAUACGAGAAGAUGCUGAAGACCUACCAGGCCGAGAUGGACAAGCUGCGGGCGGCCAAUGAGAAGUACGCGCAGGAGGUGGCCGACCUCAAGGCCAAGGUCCAGCAGGCCACCAGCGAAAACAUGGGACUCAUGGACAACUGGAAAUCCAAGUUGGACUCCCUCGCCUCCGAUCACCAGAAGUCCCUGGAGGACCUGAAGGCCACGCUGAACUCCGGCCCCGGCGCGCAGCAGAAGGAGAUCGGAGAGCUAAAGGCUUUAGUGGAGGGCAUCAAGAUGGAGCACCAGCUGGAGUUAGGCAACCUGCAGGCCAAGCACGACUUGGAGACGGCCAUGCAUGGGAAGGAGAAGGAGGGCCUGAGGCAGAAGCUGCAAGAGGCCCAGGAAGAGUUAGCCGGGCUGCAGCAGCACUGGAGGGCCCAGCUGGAGGAGCAGGCCAGCCAGCAUCGGCUGCAGCUGCAGGAAGCCCAGGACCAGUGUCGUGACGCCCAGCUGCGAGUGCGCGAGCUGGAGGGACUGGACGUGGAGUACCGAGGCCAGGCUCAGGCCAUACAGUUCCUCAAAGAGCAGAUCUCGCUGGCCGAGAAGAAGAUGCUGGAUUACGAGGUGCUGCAGAGGGCGGAAGCCCAGAGCAGACAGGAGGCCGAGCGGCUGAGGGAAAAGCUUCUGGUGGCUGAGAACAGACUGCAGGCCGUCGAAUCCCUUUGCUCGUCCCAGCACAGCCAUGUGAUCGAGUCCAAUGACCUUUCUGAGGAGAAGAUUCUGAUGAAGGAGACCGUGGAGGGCCUUCAGGACAAGCUGAACAAGAGGGACAAAGAGGUGGCAGCCUUGACAUCCCAGAUGGACAUGCUCAGGGCCCAAGUAAGUGCCCUGGAGAACAAGUGCAAGUCAGGAGAGAAGAAGAUAGACUCUCUCCUGAAGGAGAAGAGGCGCCUAGAGGCGGAGCUGGAGUCCGUGUCUCGGAAGACCCAUGAUGCCUCGGGCCAGCUGGUCCACAUCAGCCAAGAGUUGCUACGGAAGGAGAGGAGUCUGAACGAGCUGAGGGUGUUGCUGUUAGAAGCCAACCGUCACUCCCCAGGGCCCGAGAGAGACCUGAGCCGGGAGGUGCACAAGGCUGAAUGGCGGAUAAAGGAACAAAAACUGAAGGAUGACAUCCGGGGCCUGCGUGAAAAGCUGACCGGACUGGACAAGGAGAAGUCCCUGUCAGAGCAGAGACGCUACUCCCUCAUUGACCCAGCUUCAGCACCCGAGCUGUUGCGACUGCAGCACCAGUUGGUGAGCACCGAGGAUGCACUGCGGGAUGCUCUGGACCAGGCCCAGCAGGUGGAAAGGCUGGUGGAGGCCCUGAGGGGCUGCUCAGAUAGGAUUCAGACCAUCAGCACUUCCGGUUCUGCCAACGGUAUCCACCAGCCAGACAAGGCCCACAAACAGGAGGACAAACACUGACCCUAAGGGACACCAUGGACCGGCCCCAUUCACACCAGAGCUCUGCCAGGCUUCCGAGCAGCGCCACCUUCAGGCAGGAGCCAGAACUGUCCCUUUGGAGAUGAGACUGUG